AGCUCUUGGCAGUGGUAUUUAUUCCACUUUUCAGCGGAUGGGCUUUCACUCUGUACUCGAUCACAGACAAUGUCAUUGAAAAGGAUUACACUGUUGAUGCGCAGGGAACGAUGCUUAGGGCCUUAUAUCUAGGACGGCUUAUCUUUCACAUACAGAAAGAGAGGGAUAUGUCAACUCUGUACAUAAGCAAAAUAGGUCCGGGAACCAAAUCCUUCCUUAUUGAGGAAUACGAUAAAACUGACAAUGCAUUUGCGGAGAUGUGGGAUUGGCCGUUGGAAUUUGCGACUAACCCGAGCAAAAACUUCAGGACGAAAAAGAAGCUGCUGAAUUACAUCAAUGCUCACCGUACGGCUCUAGACCCUGCAAACUCCAGUGUUUUUAAUGAGAUACAAUUUUACAUGGAUAUAAUUGAUUUUCUGAUGGAAUGGAUGGUGGACAACAUCAAAGACAGUGGUUUUGGGAAUACCUGGAAGACGCUGGUGGUGUUUCAGAAGAUCACAAGAUGUACGUUAGAUUCCGGAGCAGAACGAGCUUAUGGAGCCAUGUUCUAUGCGCAUGGCAAUUUUCCGAAUGAUUCUUUCUACGAGUUUUACUCUCGCCGACUUUCGAGGUUUAUCUACAACUACAGAAGUGCAACAUAUUAUUCAGAUUUGGUUGACCCUCUUCUUGACGAGCGAACUGAUCAAAAAGUCUACACAGAGUCUAUUAGAAACUUGAGGUAUGAAGUGAAAAGAAGUAAUUCCAAUGCAGAUUAUACGUCUCUAGAAAAGGCCCAAGCAUAUUUUGAUAAUGCUACGUUCAGGAUUGACUAUCUCUAUGCGCUGCAAGAAAAGAUUGCUAAUAGAGUUGUGCGUCGAAUUAACACAACAAUUACGAAAUAUACAACGGAUAUAGCCAUCUACAGCGUUGUUGCGGCUGUAAUUGUUGCAGUUUGCCCUGUCAUAGUAUUUUUUCUCGAAAGUUUGACAAGCAAUAUGCAGUCGUUCUCUAAAACCUUAGUCAAAGCCUCAACGAACCUCAACGAAGAGAAAAGCAGGACAGAUUCGCUCAUAUACCAAAUGUUGCCGAAAUCAGUUGCAGAUCGGCUUAAACGAAAUUCAAAGGUGGAUUCCGAAUUUUUCAAAUCGGCGACUGUCAUGUUCACCAGCAUUGUUAGUUUCACCCAACUCAGUAUAGAAUACACGCCGAUGGAUUUGGUAGAACUCCUGAAUGUCUUGUAUACGACAAUGGACAGCAGAUUGGAAAAACACGAUGUUUAUAAAGUGGAGACCAUCAAUGAUACAUACAUGGUUGUUUCAGGUGUUCCCCUUCCAAAUGGCGCCAGACACGCGACGGAGAUAGCUUAUCUCGCCCUCGACAUUGUCAGCAUGCUGAAACAGCAGGCGAUUCCCGUGCCGCGUAUCAAAGCACCCAUCCAGCUCCUUGUAGGAGUAAGCUCAGGUUCCGUGUCUGCCGGAGUGGUAGGAACCGUCAUGCUACGUUACUGUCUAUUUGGCGAUACGGUGAAUAUUGCAUCCCGAAUGCGGUCAUGUGGACUGCCGAACAUGAUACAUAUCAGCGAUUCAACAUACAUAAACCUCAAGAAAACUGGGAACUUUACCAUAAAGAGUCGAGGCUGCAUAACUGUCAAAGGUAAAGGGGAUAUGAAUACAUAUUGGCUCGUUGACGCGCAACAACCCAGAACUGGAGACUCAGCUAGUGAUGUAUGGCAGCUUCCAGGAGAGGCCGACAGAAUGUCACUUGCCAGUCCACCAGAUGUGGCUAAUGAAACCAGAAGCGAAAAUCCAAGGAGGUACGGAAAGAAAGCACAUAGGAAAUUUUCAUCGGUCCGGAUGGGGAGCGGGCCCAGGGAGGGCGGCUCUUGGGAGAUACGUGAAGAAUGGGCAUCCAAAUGA